AUGCGGGAGGUCAACUUCAGCAUCCCAAAUGUCAACAAGGCCUCUGUAAAUAUCACAACCACCCUCUACGACCGGCGUGCCUUGGAUUGCACAUCAACGCUACCACUCAUCAACUCCCUCAACCAUUUGGCCUAUCUCACCACAUCAUCAGCCCGUAUCCGCGAUAUUCUGACCGUCGAUGGCGGCAUCGAACGGCUGGUAUGUAUCCUCAAGGAGGGUCGGAGUCGGGAUUUGAUGGAGAUGUGGAAGUGGAGCCUCGCCUUCCAAUGUGUUGUCAAUAUUGGUGUGCGGGGCUCGGAGAGCGUGAGGACUCGAGUCGUCGAAGCCGAUAUGGUGCCCGUGAUUGCCACCAUCCUUGAUAACUAUAUUAAAGUGGUCGAGAAAGCCCGCGCACGGGCGGAUUCAGAAAAUCAGAGACAUUCAUCACGACACCACUCCAAAGGUGCACCCAUCACCAGCGACGCCCCUUCGCGUCCAGUGUAUGUGGACCAAUCGACGAACACCGAGCAACGUCCCUCUCGCCGCCAGGCGCCACCGCCUCACAUUGAAAUCCCCCCUUUCUACCAAGACAGCCAUGCCUCGGAUUCAAACGCCAUGGACAUCACAUCGUCCCCUCGGGUGCCUGUGACCUCCCCUCCGGAACGGAGCACCUUUGGACAGGAUGCCCACAACCUUAGAUCCAAUGAUACCCGCUAUGCCCAUGCUGCUCACCGCUACCGGGUGAUGCAGCCCCUUGCCACUGCCCUUCCUCCUAUGGAUGCAGCCGAUGGCUUUGGCCUACGCCCCGUGCGCGACACAGAGAGGCUUCCCAGCAUGCUACCUGGUUUCCAGAACGGCCUUGCGUCUCAGCCUGACUCCCCAACCACUCCCAGCGGUCCUGCGCAGCUGCGCAGCAACACCCAAGCCCCUUCCGCCCGACCACGGCCUACCCUGAGGCAACAGCAAUCAGCCUCUGGUGAGUCUGAUGAUGGAAACGGCGAGGGCUCGACCCUGGGUGACGACCCGGGUUCUGGAGAGACCGCUGAGCCGAUCGUUGGUAUCCAAAACCGGAUGGAGAUCGACGAUGACGGCGACAGGCAAACUGUGCUGGAGGGUGUUUCCAACACGCACGACUUGACUGUCAAUGAUACCUCUGAAAGCCAGGAAGCCGAGACAUUUAACAUCACUCACCGUUCUACUGUGGAUGGCAGCAUGAUCAACAACGAUGCAACGCGCACGAAUGGGGCCUUGGGCCUCUCACCCACGCAAGCCCCCAAUACUACCAACUCGCCUGCUGUUGUUCCCAGCCCAUACUCACUGUAUGUGCGUGACCGAUCAACCACAGCGGUGCAGGGCGUCUUGACGACGAUGCCCAAGGACGAAGAUGUCCUUAUGUCGCUUCAGUUACUCGCAUAUGUUUCCAAGUACUGCAACCUGCGCUCUUAUUUCCAGCACUCCCACCUCGUCCCUAAGCUCAAGGUUGACCGUGAGCUCCAAAUGUUGGAGGACGGCGUGUCGCCCAUCGAACCUCCGGAGGAGGAAGAUGAAUACCUGCUCCCGGACGAUGUCAACAUCUUCCCCUUGGUGGAGAAAUUCACGGUUCGCCACCACUCCAAGGACAUGCAAUACUGGGCAUGUGUGGUGAUGCGGAAUCUCUGCCGCAAGGACGAGUCGCGAGGCGGCAUCCGGCAGUGCGCAUACUAUAAGUGUGGCAAGUGGGAGGAAUUCCAGCGACAAUUUGCCAAGUGCCGGCGCUGCCGUCGCACCAAGUACUGCAGCAAAGACUGCCAGAAGGCAGCGUGGGUGUACCAUCGUCACUGGUGCCACACCACGCCAUGA